CUAUCUAGUGCAAAUUCCCUAUAAAAUUUCAAUAGAGGCACUAUAAUGGAUGUGACAUCGAAAGUUUGCAACUUUUAUAAUAUAAAAGAUAGAGAUAGAUGGCGAGAAUCUAUACGCACUCUGCACUCACUUGCUCCACUAAUUUGGGAUUUCACUUCCGUUCCUCUUCCUCCCAUCUUCAUCUUCGUCGCCUUAUCUCCCCCACAAGUCUCACUCUUCCACUCGCUAAAACCCAAUCCUCUUGGACUGGAAGAAGAGUUGUAGCCAUGGAUUCUUCUGGAACUGACUCGGCUAAGGAACUGCAUGUUGGCUUGGACUCAGCUACUGAGGAAGAGUAUGCCACACAGUCAAAGUUACUUCAAGAGUUCAUGAGCAUUCCCACCCUUGACAAAGCUUGGAUUCUCAGCUCUGAUUCUGGUUGUCAGGCAAUGGUUGCCAUGAGUCAAGCAAACCUUUUGGCUAAUAAAAGGAGGAAGUUUAUGUUAUCUGCUCUCAUCUCCAAAGACGAAACUACAAGUAACCAAUCUUCUGUCAACUUUCACUGGACUCCAUUUCCAGUUGAGAUGACUGGCGCAUCGGCCUUUGUCCCCUCUCCAUCAGGUCUGAAGCUUCUUGUGAUUCGAAACCCUGAAAACGAGUCUCCUACAAAGUUUGAGAUAUGGAGUUCGUCUCAGCUAGACAAGGAGUUUCAUAUCCCACAGAAAGUUCAUGGCUCUGUAUACCUUGAUGGAUGGUUUGAAGGGAUCUCUUGGAACUCAGAUGAGACUCGUGUUGCUUAUGUUGCAGAGGAACCAUCUCCUCCCAAACCUACGUUUGACCAUCUUGGUUAUUACAAGAAAGGAACUUCUUCGGACAAGGAUAUUGGAAGCUGGAAAGGUCAAGGAGAUUGGGAAGAUGAAUGGGGAGAAGCGUAUGCCGGAAAAAAGCAGCCUGCCCUGUUUGUUAUCGAUGUUGACAGUGGAGAGGUGGAGCAUAUCAAAGGAGUUCCAAGAUCGAUAAGUGUCGGACAGGUUGUUUGGAGUCCAAACAGUAAAGGCUCAGCUCAGUACUUAGUUUUCGCUGGAUGGUUAGGAGAUAAAAGAAAGCUUGGUCUCAAACACUGCUACAACAGACCAUGUGCCAUUUACGCAGUUAGAUGCCCAGAACCUAAAGAUGAUGCUAAUGAACCAUUCCCUGUUCAUAAUUUGACUAAAAGCAUAAGCAGCGGUUUUUGCCCACGGUUCAGCAAAGAUGGCAAGUUUCUUCUGUUUUUAUCCGCAAAGGCCGCUGUUGAUUCUGGGGCGCAUUGUUCAACCGAGUCACUUCACAAGAUUAGCUGGCCAAGCGAUGGGAAACUUCCUGAAUCAACUAAUAUCGUUGAUGUGAUUGAAGUUGUGAAUUGUCCCGAUGAUGGUUGUUUCCCUGGGCUCUAUGUCACCGGACUUUUGAGUGAUCCGUGGCUGUCAGAUGGCACUCUUAUAUUGUCUUCCUACUGGCGCAGUUGUAGAGUAAUACUCAGCUUAAAUUUGAUAAGUGGUGAACUAUCACGUGUCAGCCCUAAUGAUUCUGAUUUUUCAUGGAGUGUUCUUGCACUUGAUGGUGAUAAUGUUGUUGCUGUGUCUAGCAGUCCAGUGAGUGUUCCUGAAAUCAAGUAUGGAAAGAAAGUUCUUGAUCCAUCUGGAAAGCCUUCAUGGCAUUGGUCAACUAUCCAAAAACCAAUAUUUAAAUGCUCUGAGAAGGUGACAUCAGGGCUUUCAUCUCUUCAGUUUAAAAUUCUAAAAGUUCCAGUCAGUAAUGUUUCUGAAUGUCUCACCGAAGGGGCCAAAAGACCUUUUGAAGCUAUAUAUAUAUCGUCUUCAGAGACCAAGGAGAAUGGGAAAUGUGAUCCUUUAGUUGUUGUCCUCCAUGGAGGCCCUCAUACAGUUGCACCAUGCAGCUUCUCCAAGCAGUUGGCAUAUCUCUCCUCAAUUGGAUACAGUCUGCUGAUUGUAAAUUACAGGGGUUCGUUGGGAUUUGGGGAAGAUGCUCUGCAGUCUGUACCUGGAAAAAUUGGAUCACAGGACGUGAACGAUGUUCUCUCAGCUGUAGAUCAUGCCGUCGAAAUGGGACUUGCAGACCCGUCUAGAAUAACCGUGCUAGGUGGUUCUCACGGUGGGUUUCUGACCACACACUUGAUUGGCCAGGCGCCGGAUAAGUUUGUGGCAGCAGCUGCGAGGAAUCCUGUAUGCAACAUUGCAUCAAUGGUUGGGAUUACGGAUAUACCUGAUUGGUGUUUCUUUGAAGCUUAUGGUGACCAGACUCACUACACAGAAGUCCCCUCACCUGAAGACAUGUCUCUGUUUCAUCAAAUCUCUCCUAUAUCACACAUCUCAAAGGUGAAAACACCCACUCUGUUUCUUUUGGGAACUGUGGAUCUCCGUGUUCCUAUUUCAAAUGGAUUUCAAUACGUUAGGGCGUUAAAGGAGAAAGGAGCCGAUGUUAAAGUCUUAGUCUUUCCUAAUGACAAUCAUUCUCUAGACAGACCGCAGACGGAUUAUGAAAGCUUUCUCAACAUUGCUGUCUGGUUCAACAAGUAUUGCAAGCUGUGAACAUCUUGUGAUUGUUAUCGUAAUAAGUGAAAUGAAAAUAAAAGUACUUUUUAAAUCAAAUACUUGACUUUUGAAUAAAGGAAUUUGACUUUAUACUA